AUGCAAGUUCCUCUUAUCGUUUUUGGAUACAAUAAGACAUUUGUAUUUCAAUGUAUACCUCACUUGCUUGAGCUUUCGUCUUUACUUUUUAUGUCAAGCUAUCCAGAUAUGGCUGUCUCCAGUCGCAUGAAUAGUCUUAUCGACUGUUUGCAAGACAUCCGUGUUUCAGAGGUUGUGUGUGUACUUGAUCCUAGAAUAUUCACGAGAAAUGAGUUUAACGUUAUGAUCACACAACAUGCCGGAUUUUGGGUAGAUCCUUCCGAUAUGAUGGUUCCAGUUUGUGAUUGGGCGUCCAUGAUGCUACUGGCGUUGACGCUUCAGUUCGCCUAG